CGCCCUCAGAGCGAGCGCCCCGACGCAAUGCCAGCUUUCCAGAUCUGGUUGAAUCAUGGGGUUGCAGGCGAGGCGGUCCUGGGCUCGAGCUUCUGCGCUGCGCACGGGGAUGCGGGGCAGAGCGUGCCCGCUGCGGCGCAACCAGCCGAGGACACGGGCCUGACUCAGGAGAUGGCGAUGUUGUCUGCGGACUCGGCGCACGAGGACGACGCCGACGGGGAAGCCAUCGACGUUGAUGGCGUCGGCGACGCGCUGCCUGCUGCCGCCGCUGACCCCGCCGCUCAAGCUGCUCCAUCUGCGGCCCCACCUCCACAUGGGCUUCCUCUGCCUUCGAUCCCCAUCCGCGACUUGCUCUUCCGCGAAUGGGCGGACCACGAGAUCACUGUCCACUUCGAUCUCGUCCAGCUGGCCUGCGCGAUCGGCGACGCGGACCCGCGGUUGUGCCUCGGCCUCGCCAGGUUUGCGGGCCCCGUCCCAUCGGAGCAACUGAUCGCGGCACGCUUGCGCACAGCUCCCGCCCUCUGUGAUCUGACGCUUGCGACGCCUCUGUCUGAGGCCGCCCGCUCCCUUAUAUAUCAGAUCGCUGGUGAGUUCCGCCGCGCGGCCCAGACUUGUGAGACGGAGUUCUUGGGGGUGCUGGCUCAGCGCAGGAAGCUGAAGCCGGUCAAGCUCCCCAUGUGGAAGGAGUUGGGAGCUACUGCCCGCUCUCUACUCCGCUCCCCCGCCUCCCCCGGCUGCCAGGAGGUCCUCCUUGCGCAGUCUUCGUGCCUCCUGGCCGACGGCGGCGACAGCGUGGACUUCAUGGGCAUCUCCCGCUGGGUCUCCGAGCUCUUGGAGAAGGGCGACGAGAAGGCGUCCGAGCAGCGUGCGGAUGGUGGCGCCCUUCCCGCGCUCGUCCACGGCACGAAGGAUGUCUCGGGCUUCACGGACUUGUGGCCCCACCCGCUUCUGGGGCCUAAGUGGAUCCCCGCGGUUCGCUCCCAGGCCUUAUGCACGCAGCCCCUGGAGAUGAUCCUCCCGGGUCGGAGCCAGCCGAGGCACGUCCAGAUGGUUCUCGCGAUCUUCGGCAUCUCCCUGGACGCGCCCCGCCAGGUGCCGCGCAUGCUGGAGGCUCUUUCGCCCCUGUUCGCAGUCGCCCCUUCCGUCAUCGGGCUGAUCGAUAUGCCCGCGGACUAUCUGCCGCAGUUCCUCGCUCUCUUAGCGGUUCCGCUUCUUCGGGGCCUCGAGGUCCGGCAGCGCCGACGUAGCCUGAGUAGCUUAGCGGAUGCUCAUCGGAUCUGCUUGGACGUGGCAUUCCCAGCAGCUUGCGCCGAGCUGGACGCUACCAUCAUCUUGAACCGCAUCCGCCGGUCCCUGUCCAACACCGUGUAUUUCGCGCUGAACACCAUUUACGACAACCGGGAGGCACUGGUCCUCUCGCUCGCGGCCUCGGACACCUGGGUGGGGAUGAUUGACCGCGUCCUGAAGCACGACCCCGAUGUGUCGGCCUCCCGCAUCCGUUGGCGGCCCUCGGCCCAUGGAGGGACGGACCACAUGGCGGACAUCGUGGUCCAGGGGGAGUUGGGCACGCAGGAUUCCAGGGUGAUCGCGAUGCCCAUGGACCACGCGACGUCGCAGCUCGGCAUCGCGCUGCAGGAGUCCACCGAACCUCAGGGACUCCGCCCUGGGGAGUACUUCUCCUUCCAGUCCCGCGACAUUCACGGCCAGCCAG